GUUUGGACACGCCCCUUUUGUUUGACGGACGUUUCGACGUUUCAUACAGUCCGUACAGUACAUAACAACUGUUAGUCCAACGAAGCCCGCUCCCAGUGCAGCCACGCUAAAAAGCAGAGCACGAACCUUUACGGGUAUUUGAUCCGUAUUUGUGUAGAUGAGAACAGUAACUCGGAUCUAGCUGACGGCGCCAUAAUCUUUAAAACUUCGGAGUAGGAAAGCGUGUCCUGGUUACAUAGGGCUGCGGAAAACGGCAGCAGGCUCCUGUAUCGGAACACCAAAGUUGCAGUUUUACUUUGAAGUCCGGGAGAGUUUUAAGGCUGGACCUGUUCUUCAGUGGCAGGUGAAUGAUGGGGAGUUGCGCUUCCUGCAGCUGUUUUUGAGAGGGUUCUGGCAAAGCUGACUGGGAUGUCCUACUUUUAAAAGUGAGGUGAUGAAAGUUCAGCCAUGGACCAGAUGAGUUUUCAUCAUGACACUGUGCUGUCAGAUGUGCACAUGCUUCUGCCCAAUACGUGCCACCUUAUGAAUCGCCUCAACGCUGUUGGACAGCCUGUUUUUACCUCCAAAUUCAAGAUAUUGUCAGAUGGUGAAAGGCUUAAGAAGAACUCAAAGGAAGAUGAAAAGAAAGACGUAACUGUCACUGAAAGAAAAGAUGGAGAGGAAGCUGGGGGAAAUGUGGUUACAUACUUGGAUGAGGAUGGAGACCUUGACGUCAGACACAGGCCGAGGAAAAACCCUGCAGAAGGCAUCAUUCGAGAUUUAGCCAGUCCCAUUAUUCUGAAACAGUCCAGCCCCAUACUGGAGCUAGACGACGAGAGUCUAGAUGAAGCCAAUAACUGCUGCAAAGACAUUGUAAGGAUUGAGCACACUAUGGCCACACCUCUAGAGGAUGUGGGCAAACAGGUGUGGCGUGGGGCCUUCCUCUUGGCUGACUUCAUCCUCUCUGAGCCCGCCAUGUUCAGAGGCGCUACAGUUCUAGAGCUGGGAGCAGGGACAGGCUUAACCAGCAUCAUCAUGGCAACCUUGGCAAAAAGAGUGUACUGCACAGAUGUAGGAGAAGACCUUCUCAGCAUGUGCAAGAGAAAUGUGAUGUUAAACAGACACAUGAUGGACACUGAAGGUGGUGAGGUGAGAGUGAGACAGUUGGAUUGGCUCCAGUAUGACCUUUGUACAGAUACUGAUGAAUUUAGCUGGACACAAGAGGAAGUAGCUGAUUUAUAUGACAACACCAACUUCAUUAUUGCUGCUGAUGUUUGCUAUGAUGAUGAUUUGACAGACGGCCUUUUCCGAACACUCUACCGACUCUGCAGUAAUUUGAAUCACUCCUGCACAAUCUUCAUCUCUUUAGAAAAAAGGAUGAACUUCACCUUGCGGCACAUGGAUAUUUCCUGUGAGGCUUACGACCACUUCCGUCAAUGUCUGUCCCAACUGAACAACCUGGUGGACAGACAAUGUAGCUUCAGUGUGGAACAGCUUACUUGUAACUUUUCACAGUUUCUUCUGUAUGAACGUAUAGAUCAACUGGAGCUGUGGAAGGUGACAGCUGAAUACAACAGGAGUGGCCAAGCCAGAUCAGAUUCUGAUCAGAGCAGUGUGAACACUACUCUUCCUACUGUGUAAUAUCUUUCUUUAAACAGGUGCAGUGUCAGACAGUACUCAGUUAUAAUUUUAAACUGUUACGUAUUUAUUGCAUAAUAUAAUGUAGAGAUUAAAAUACCCUCAGAUAAUACUCUGAUAAAUAACAUUGUUGAGUUCAAGAAGAGUAAUUGUCUUCCUCAAUGUUUGUACUAUCACAUUAAAUUAAUGUGAAUUAAAUCAUAAACUUUUAUAAUUUGCUGAGUAUCUUAUUUGAAGUACCUACAGUUGCUAUAUUUUAAUUUUUUUUUAAUAGCACAAUGACAAGUAACAAGUGACCAUAUUACUGUGUACCAAAGUCCAAAGUUUCAGAAAGAAGCUAAAUGUGAACGUGAGCAAAUAUGAAUGUAAGUUAUGAACAUUGAGUUAAGAUAUAGGACUUUAUGAAAUGUUAAUAAAACAGUUCUGAUAAACCGUAAA